AUGUCAUUCACGAGGACUCUACUUUCCACAGCCUUGCUGUUGACCACCGCCAGAGCAGAUUGGUCUGGGUUUGGAGGCCGAAAUGGCAACGGCGGCUACCCGUGGUCCAACGGCGACGAUGAUGGUGGUGACGGUGGCUCCUCAUCGUCCGGCAGCUCUACAUUCGGUCAGGGCUCUGUCUUCAGCUCCGCGGGUCAAUUCGACAGAGCCACACAUAUCCUCAUCGCCCACGCGGUCCUGGCGUCGCUGGUCUGGGUACUCUUCAUCCCGUCCCUCGCCAUUCUCCUCCGGCUGAACAUCAAGAACCCCAUCGUGUUGCGGAUCCACGCCGUCGGCCAGGUCCUCAGCUACGUGCUCUACAUUGCUGCGGCUGGAAUGGGCAUCUGGCUCGCAGAGCAAUUCAAGGACUUCGGCGUCUGGGACGACCCUCACCCUCGUAUGGGGUUGGCGGUCCUUGCCCUUGCCUUCUUCCAGCCCGUCUUCGGCUACAUCCACCACCGCAUCUAUAAGAAACGCGCCCUCAAAGUCGAAGCCGGCCAACCCACCAAAGCGCCCGGGAGGACACCGGCAGGCCGUGCCCAUCUCUGGCUCGGCCGCAUACUCAUCGUGCUGGGAAUCGUCACGGGUGGCCUCGGCAUCAAGCUGGCAUCCGAAAGUCCGCUCCAGACAGACUCGCAGAGCAGGACGGCCAAAAUCGCAUAUGCGGUCGUUGCCGCCGUCAUGUUUGCCUUGUACCUAUUCUUUGUGGUCGCUUUCGAGAUCCGUCGAGCGCGCCAAGUCGGUCAGGAUCGACAGACCAGAGCAGACGCCGCGGCUAGGAAAGAGACGGGUGCCCUACCGACAUACGACGAAAGUGAAGAGUCAGUUGGACGGUCGACUCGAUACCGAUAG